AUGGACUCUGAUAGUGAAGACAUCUUAGAAUCCGCUCAGCGAAAGGCGAAACAAAAGUUCUUGAGAGAAGAAGUCAUAGAACUGAACUACGACCCAAAAUUAUUCACAGAUUUCUGUGAAUCCCAAAAAGGCUCUGAUAUUGACUUAUGGACCUUUGAAGAAAUCCAAGAAUGCGUAAAAGAGUUUAAACUAAAAUUUCGACCCGGAGAAACAGCUGAAGAAUAUGAAGAAAAAGUAAAAAAAGAAAAAGAAUUAGAAAGAAGACUAUACGAAAUCCCACCAAAAAAGGUCCAAAAAGCAGUAGAAGAAUAUAAGCAGCAAGAAGAGGCCAAAGCAAUAAUGGAGACUAAAGCAGAGUCCUUAAUAUCUCCAGGAACAGACCCUAAUGGAGACGUUUUCUUUGUUCAUACAGAAACUGCAGAAGUAAAUGAGCUGAUGACUUUCAAGGAUAUAAAGCUUGAAAUUUCUGAGCCUGUGAUUGUGCAGGGUGGGCUGUUUGGGUCGAAUUAUGUGAUGUAUAAUAUUGUGACUUCUCCGUUAGGAUGGAAUGUUAGAAGAAGGUAUAAGCAAUUUGAGUGGCUUAGAGAAGUCCUCGCACAUGAAUUUCCAGGAUAUGUAGCAGCCUGCAGAUUAUGCACUUUCUAUAUAUAGUGCAUACCCCUAUAUAGAUUUCUUUGUCGAACAAAACAUGAUGAACGGUUGAAAGAUCAAGACUGACUCUAACAAAGGGACGAGCUGGAUCUCUAUACCAGAAAGAGUUACAAAGUGACAUAUCAAAAAACUGUUGAUAAGAGUGAGCAAAGUUGACAAGCAAACGUGCCAAUUUAAAAUGGCUUUAUUAUAAAAUUAAUUUUUAUGUUUUAGUAAACAUUUUAGACUAGUACUGAUAAAUAUCUUACCUACAUUUUCUCUCCCUGGAAAAAUUAGGCUCAAGCAAAUAAAUUAGGUUAAACUAAAUAUGCAUAAUUGUUAUAAAAAAGGCAUUCUUUUUUAGAAGCUUCUAGCAAUAUUUCUAUAUUUAUACUAAAGUCAUUUACAUGUGAGCCCAUCAUUUUAUUAAAAAUUAGAUAUUUGAAUCAAAAUAUUAUUACGCCCUUUUGAUGCAUAGUUCGUAAAGAGUUUUUUAAUAAUAAGCCAUUUUUAUUUUAACUAUAGGUAAUUUCAUAUUCGACUUUAAGAACUCCAUGAUUAAGAAUCCUACGAAGCUGCAAAAUUAGCGAAUUAAACCUAUUACUUCUUGAUAUAAUUGAAAUAUAUGAUACAAAAAAUUGCUCAGGAGUUUUGAUGCACAAUUCUUGAAGAGUUUAUAAUUUUUAAAAAUUAAGACAUAUCAUUUAACUUUUAAAAGAAAUACAUUUUUGGUCUUUCUUACUUCAUAAGUGACUUCUCCAACUGUAUUUUUUAUGAGCACUUAUUAAUAUAAAUAUUUAUAGGUCUUAACUUUUUAUAAUUAUAAUGCACUUUAAAUUUAAACUUACUUCUAGGUUUCAACUUAAAUUCUAUAAUAAGAUAUUUAUCAACGCCAGUUUAAUGGUUUCUAAAAUUGGCGCGUUUGCUUAUUAACUUUGCUCACACUUGUCAACCAUUUUUUGAAUGCCACUUUAUUACUCUUUCUGGUAUAGAGAUCUUGCUCAUCCCUUUAAUAGAGUCAUUCUUGGUUUUUACUUUCUAAUAAAUUUUGUUCACAAAAGAAAUCUAUAUAGGUGCAUGAGCUAUAUAUAUUUAUUAAUAAUAUAAAACCAAUCAAAUUAGUAUACUAUAUCCCUCCUCUUCCAGAUAAAAAAGCCCAUGGCAACACAGAAGACAUGACCAUCCUCAAGCGGCAAAGGUUUCUUCAGCGCUACAUGAAUUCUCUGAUUUCUAACCCUGUUUUCCGAUCCUCGCCUUCUUUUGUGCUCUUUCUAAAAGAGAGUUCUACAAAGGAGUUCAAAUCAAGCAAAGACCACAACAAAAAAACCAAGCGCAACACAGUCGACCAAUUUGUCAGCUUAAAAGGUGAAGUAAAUUGUGAUGUCAGAGACCAUACCCUCAAAAUUAACGCCGUUAACCAAUAUCUGAAUACAGGUGAAAUCAUUAAAAAGAAGCUAAAGCGGCAAUCAGAAGAAAUAAUUGAGGAUUUAAUAAAGCUUUCCAAGACUAUUGCAAGCUACGCAGAAACUGUGAGGCAAGCUGCCGAUUUCCAAGAUUUAUUAGAUUUCAAUGUAGGGCACAAAGAACUAUAUAAAAAUAUCAAUGACGCUCUAUUAGAAUGGUCCAACUGAGAAGCAAACAAAGCGAACUUUAUCUCAGACUAUUUUAACAUGUUCUUCAAAUUUGGAUAUAUGGAACUAGGGACAUUAAAAGAAAUCAUCAAAGAAAGAGACGCUGCUCUGGCAAAUUUCAAAAAAACAGGAGGAGGAGACAGUGACAAAAGGAAAAAAGCACGAGAAUGAUAUGGGUUUUAUAACCACCAAAGCGUAAGCGAAGUAGAAAGAGUAAUUUUGAAUAGCAGAAAUGUCACUUGCGAGCAUAUUUCUGAGAUGGCUAGCAACCAAAUAGACAGUGCACUUAAACUCAAAGGAAUCUGGGAAAAUUUACUGUCAAGCACUUUGACAAUAAGUGAUAGAUACAGCUUCUUUGGAUAA